AUGGCGAGUGUUUCUGGUUUUCUAAUGAGCAUAACGCCACCCAUGGAUGUUGAGAGCAGUCAAUACCGUUUGAUCAGAUACAUUUUAAGACAUUCAAUGAAUGGCCGACCAAUUCGGGCCAUCGUAUUGAAGAAUCUGGCUGGAGGACCUCGCAAGUUCUAUAUGGGCUUGCAAUCGCUGACACGUGUGCUGAGGAAUCGUUUUGGUAUCAUCCUGAAGGCCAUACGAGCUCCGAAAUCUUUUUGGAUCUUACGCUUUGUGACAUACGCCACAGAGCCAAUGGAACGAGUGGAUGAGGUGCAAGUAGAUAAGCGUCCCGGACGCAUUCUAUUGAAAUAUGUUCUCACCUAUCUGUUUGUCCGUGGUGAGAAAGUCGAAGACAUUGACCUGUUCAAUGCCCUCAUUAGGAUGGGUAUUGAUAUCGAUGGCAAUGACAGUUACUUUGGCUCCGGAAUGCGUAGUCUCAUCGAGGAUGGUUUUGUUGAUAUGCAACUAUUGCAUCGCGAAUACCUAGUUUAUCCAGGCAAUGGCCCACCCCUAACCUUCUAUUCAUGGGGCGAACGGGCUCAACAACUAUUCACCUAUGAGAUAGUCGUUCAAUAUGAUUAUCGGACGGUGAACAAACUCUUGGAUGAAAUCAAUCGGAAAAUGCCAUAUGAAGCUGCUGCUGCUGCUGCUGUUAACCACCUACCUGCGAUUCUUUGA